AUGGAGAGCGCAGCCCAGGCCAUCAGCCAUGCACAUGAAUUGUAUGGCCGCGCCGGCGGUGGUAGCGCCGGAGGGACAGAAAGACCGCCCGUCUACAAAGCGAUCGGCAUAGGGUUGGCUGUCGGGUCGGGAGCCUUCAUCGGGACAUCGUUCGUGCUUAAGAAGGUCGGGCUGCUCAAGGCAAACGAAAAGUACAACGAGGUGGCCGGCGAGGGAUAUGGAUACCUCAAGAACUUCUACUGGUGGGCCGGCAUGACCCUCAUGAUAUUAGGAGAGGGUCUCAAUUUUGCCGCCUACGCCUUCACCGACGCCAUUCUAGUCACGCCACUCGGGGCGCUCUCGGUCGUCCUCUGCACCAUCUUGUCGGCGAUAUUCCUGAAAGAGCGGCUCAGCAUGGUCGGCAAGGUUGCCUGCUUCCUUUGCAUCGUUGGCUCCGUGGUCAUUGUCAUGAAUGCGCCGCAGUCGUCCUCCGUCGCCAACAUUCAGGAGAUGCAGAGUUUUGUCAUUCACCCGGCGUUUCUCACUUACGCCGGCGUCAUCCUUGUAGGCUCGGCGGUCGUGGCUCUUUGGCUGGGUCCAAAGUACGGCAACAAGAACAUGCUGGUCUACAUCUCCAUCUGCAGCUGGGUUGGCGGUCUUAGCGUUGUUGCGACUCAGGGACUCGGUGCGGCCAUCAUUGCCCAAGCUGGAGGGACGCCUCAGUUCAACCAGUGGUUCUUAUACGUGCUACUAGUGUUUGUCAUUGGCACACUUUUGACAGAAAUUAUCUACCUAAAUAAAGCGCUUAAUAUCUUCAAUGCGGCUUUGGUUACACCGACAUAUUAUGUCUACUUCACCACCACGACGAUUAUUAGUUCCGCGAUCCUGUUCCGGGGUUUCAAGGGAACGCCCACGUCUAUCAUCACCGUGGUGAACGGAUUCCUGACCAUCUGCGCCGGUGUGGUCCUCUUACAGUUAUCCAGAUCCGCUAAGGAUGUCCCAGACGCCGCUGUCUUCGCUGGAGGCCUUGACCAGAUCCAAACGAUUGCUGAGCAGCCACAACCCGAAACGGAGCCCAAGGCGGAUGCCAUCCGUGGCACGGCCGCUAUUGUUAGAAGGCUGUCGUCUGCGAGACAGAAAAUGGAGCUCGAAGAACUCAGGCGUCUGCGCGAGGAGAAGCUCCAGGAGAGCCUCGAGCCAGUCACGGAGAAUGGCGUGCCGCAGUUCGAAUGGGACGGCAUCAGGCGACGGAGGACAGGAACUUUCAGCACCCGCAGGUCCACCCCGGCACCAACCCACCUCGUACCCCCAACGCCACACCCACCCUUGGGCUGGUCUCAUAUCCCUACUGAAGAAGAACUCGCCGAGGCAAACAGGCCUGUCUCGCCCGCUCUUUCGAGCCUGGUCGGCACCAUCCGCAGCAAAGCGCGCAGUGUCCUCCCAGGCCACCCCGACUUCCACAAAGAGCCGCAUCUACCCAAGGUCCAAAGCCCGAUGCACCCGGUCCAGCUCACCUCCAUCGCUGUGCCCACCUCCAAACCUAGCGAGCUUGACGACUACAAUACCCGGCCAGAAACCAGCGACACCGUCCGGCCAACCCCGCCUCCGCAUUCGUCCUCCAGCUGCAACACCGCCCGCCGCCAGUUCUCUUUCCAAAAUAUGUUCCGACGUCACCAGUCCGACGACCACCCUUCCUCUGACUCUGCCCACCACCAUCAUCACGGCACCCGCCCAAGCUCCUCGCGCCGUGGCCUCUCGGCGCGGGGGUACUCGACCCCACACGUGCGCGGCGCCACGGAGGAGGAAAAGCUGGGGUUGGUGAAAGGGGAUUCCAACAGCUCGAUGGCUGCUGCUGCUGCUUCCAAUUCUCGGUCUAUGUCAACGCUGGUGCGUUACGAUGACGACGACGAUGAUGAUGAUGAUGACGUUGAGGACGAGGAUGGGUCUGAUGAGGAUGGGAAGUACGCGGAUGAGGAUAGGCAGGCCCGGUAUGGGCAUAGUAUCACGAAAGGGUAUUAUAUCGGCGUCAAUAGUCCGCCCCGUGGUCUUGAAGAAAAGGAGGAGGAGAGGACAAGGGGUGGGGAUGGGGUUGGAGAGGAGAGUGCUGGGGAGUAUGAGAAGCGGAGGUCGAGGUUGGAGGAACGGAGGAGGAUUGGUGGUGGUGAUGGGAGGAGUGUUUCGAGGGAUGAUGGUCGAGGGGGUGGCAGGGAUGAUGAUAGGCCGCCUCCUCCGCCGCCUAAGCAUGGGAGGUCGUAUAGGAGGGGGGAUUUCAUUUGA